CCAAACCACUCGGCAAAAUCAAAGCAAACCCACCCCUUUCCUCCCUUGUUCUCCCUUGCUUAGCUUGUUCCACCGAUGGAGAAUCAGGAAGGCCAAGCGCAGCAACCGGCACCACCGCCACGACCACCGGCAAACAUUCCCUGCAACCAAUGUCCGAAGUUGUCACGCUCGUUCAAUCAGAAGAGGAGUCACUGGGACGGAGCGCACCGUCUGACCCACCCGGAAUGUUUGCAGGUGGUCGUGGCGGUGGUGCCGGUGGCUGCGCUUGGCCUUCCUGAUUCUCCAUCGGUGGAACAAGCUAAGCAAGGGAGAACAAGGGAGGAAAGGGGUGGGUUUGCUUUGAUUUUG